AUGGCUACCGGCAUGGCUCAGAGAGAGUUGGAGAGUCAACUCAAGGCUCUGUUGAAGGUUGUGGGAGAUAAGGACUCGGCACCGGCAGCUAUCACAAUUCUAGAAACGUUGAAGAGAGAUGUCAAGCCUACGGAGGAGCUUCUUAGAGCAACAAAAGCUGGUAUGAUUGUUGCGAAACAGAAAGGCAACCAGAACAAAGACAUCGCUAGACUUGCUGCCGAAGUUAUUGGAAAGUGGAAAAGGGCAGUUCAGAUCCAGCAAGCCGAAGCAAAGAAACAGAAAAUGUCAGGAUCAUCGCCACCAAAAGCCGAGGCCACCUCUUCGCCAGCACCAGCAUCCAAAGGAGAUAAAUACACCGGCGAUGUAUCCAAACGACGUUGGGAAACGGAUAAGGUCGACACGAAACGAACCGGAGUACCCACACGCGAUGCCUGCAUUGGUUUAAUAUACAACGGACUGGCUUUCAUGUCGGAUGCGAGUCCCACCCAGGUUAUCGCAAAGGCAAUGGAAGUCGAAAAAGCUGCAUACGAGUCUCACAAGGGCGACAACUCAGACUACCGAGCGAAACUUCGAUCGCUAUUCCAGAAUCUUAAGAACAAGGACAACAGGGAACUUGGUAUUCAAGUGUUAUCUGGGGACAUCCUUCCUUCUAAAUUUGUUGUAAUGACACACGACGAAUUGAAGUCUGCCAAGCGAAUCGAGGAAGAUAAGAAGCUAAAUUACGAGAACAUGAAAAUGGCACAGGUUCCGAUGGCAGAAAAGAGUAUCAGUGAUGCCUUGAGAUGUGGUAGAUGUGGACAAAAGAAAGUCUCGUACAGUCAAGCACAAACUAGAAGUGCUGAUGAACCGAUGACUACCUUCUGUGAGUGCACAGUCUGUGGUAAUCGCUGGAAGUUCUCUUGA